CAUUUGACCGGAUAGUAAACAUCCGGUGAAAAAUGUCCUCCUACAAAGCACGAGUGGAGGAGUUCAGGGCGGUUCUUGAUGCGGAAGUGAUCGAUUUCAAAAAACUACGAAAAAAUGUUUUUAAUGGUUGUCCUUUUGAAGCAGGGCUGAGACCAAAAUGCUGGAAGCUAUUGUUGUAUUACCUGCCAAAGAACAGAUCAGAAUGGGACAAGGAACUGAAAAAGCAGAGGGCUACAUAUGUACAAUUUAUUGAUGAGAUGAUAAUCAAGCCGGGAACCGAGGCCUCGGAAAACGGGGGAGUUGAAGAUGUUACAUUUGAGGAUCAUCCAUUAAAUCCGAACCCAGAGAGCAAAUGGAGGGCAUACUUCAAGGAUAAUGAGAUGCUGUUACAGAUUGACAAGGACUGCAGACGACUUUGUCCAGAUUUGAACUUCUUCCAAAGAGCCACAGAGUACCCCUGUAAUAGACUGUGCGGGGAGAACAGUUUCGAGACCUUGAGAAAACGUGUAGAGCAGUGUGUUCUUCACUCGGAGUCAGUGUCACAAAAUAGACUUGGAAUAACUAACAUGGCGACAAGCAGACGGAAAGCCAGUGAUGAGUAUAUGCCGCUACCUGACGGUCAAGAGGCACACUGGGAAGUUUGUGAACGAAUAUUGUUUGUGUAUGCCAAACUGAAUCCAGGGCUUGGUUAUAUACAGGGCAUGAAUGAGAUAUUAGGGCCAAUAUAUUACACAUUUGCUUCUGAUUCAGACAAAGAUUGUAAAGAGUUUGCUGAGGCUGACAGUUUCUUCUGUUUUACAAACUUAAUGUCAGAGAUUCGAGACAACUUUAUCAAAACACUUGAUGAUUCACAGUGUGGAAUAGGUAACUUGAUGAAUCAGCUGAUGACCACACUGAAAGAGACAGACUCAACUUUGUGGUAUAAACUGAAAGAGCAGGACCUAAAGCCACAAUUUUAUGCCUUUAGAUGGCUCACACUUUUACUGUCUCAGGAAUUUCCAUUGCCAGAUGUGUUACGUAUCUGGGACUCGUUGUUUGCGGAUGAUAAACGUUUUAAUUUCCUGAUCAAAGUAGGAUGUGCAAUGUUGCUGUUGUUGAAACAAGAUUUACUCAUGGGUGACUUUCCACAUAAUAUGAAACUUGUUCAGAAUUUUCCAUAUACAACAAUUGAUGUUCAGGUUGUGAUAAAGAAAGCUGUGGAAAUCAGAUGAUGAAAAACUCAUUCAGGACUGUGAUAAAUAAAACAGAGUGCUGCCACGUUGCCAUGUGAUUGCUCAAUGCAUGAAUAGAACAAGAACUGUCAGUGAGAUUAUAGAUUUCAUCACAAACUAGAACAUGUUGUGAUCUCAUGCUCGCCCAGUCAGCCAUUGUAUAUACAUCUAUAUUUGUGUUAUGUAGAGCAUACCCCACCCACCUAUUAAUUCAUGUAUAACUUACAAAGAUAUUUGUCAGGAAACAUAAUAAUUCAAAUCGAGGGUUGAGCAGAAAACUGUUGCAGCUUGCUGAAUUUAAAGGAGAGUUAAUAUAGUUUUCCAUUAAACUCUCAUUCUUCCAUUUAACUCUCAUAUAAUAUGCUUGUUUUCAGCAAGCCCUUAUUAAAUCAGGAGGCUCGCUUUUGAAAUGUUGGAAAGCAACUUGUGUUACAAAGACCAGUCUAAAGAUUCUAGCAUUUAAUGAUUUUCAUUCAACUCCAUCUUUAAAUUGACCUAUGGCAGGGUAGAAGUCUUAGACUGGUCUACAAACUCAAGAUUUUUAUCUCAAACCUAUAGUUCAAGUAACAUGUUAGUCUUACUAACCUAUAGUUCAAGUAACAUGAUAGUCUUACAAACCUAUAGUUGAAACAACAUUAUAGUCUUACAAACUAUAUAGUUGAAGUAAAAUGAUAGGCUUACAAACUUGGUUGAAGUAACGUGAUAGUCUUACAAACCUAUAGUUGAAGUAACAUGUUAGUCUUACAAACCUAUAGUUCAAGUAACAUGAUAGUCUUACAAACCUAUGGUUGAAACAACAUGAUAGUCUUACAAACCUAUGAUAAAACAACAUUAUAGUCUUACAAACUUGGUUGAAGUCUUACAAACCUGUAGUUGAAGUAACAUGUUAGUCUUACAAACCUAUAGUUCAAGUAACAUGAUAGUCUUACAAACCUAUGGUUGAAACAACAUGAUAGUCUUACAAACCUAUGGUUGAAACAACAUUAUAGUCUUACAAACUUGGUUGAAGUCUUACAAACCUGUAGUUGAAGUAACAUGUUACUCUUACAAACCUAUAGUUGAAGUAACAUGUUAGUCUUACAAGUAACAUGAUAGUCUUGACACGUCAUGGUAUAUAAUUGUUUUGUAGUAUUUAAAACUGAAAAGAUUCUGUUUCAUUUACUGAUGCCUUUAAAUGAAAGUCAGGUUUUCUUUUGCAUUUCUUAAUGAAGUUGGUAUGAAUGGGAGACUUUGGUCAGUUAUCUCCCUUUCAUACUCUCUAGAGUAAGUAGGUCCUUUCAUUUGGAUUACUCUGUCGUUAUCGCUUUGUUAUUUGUCACAAUAUGAUGUAAAUGAAGCUAAGAUAUUGAUCAUCAUGUCUAUUGCUUUAAUUAUGCCUUUAGCUACAUAUUCUACAAACACUCUAGUGUCUAAUUUUGACAUUUCAGACAUUUAAUUUAACAACCAUGCAAGAUAUCUCACAUCUAAGAACUGAUAUCUUUAACACAGACAAAACAGUGAUAAAGUCAGAGGAUUCCAAAUGACGGGACUAACUUACAGUUUUAUUAUCUUGGACAUAAUCCAAUAAGGGAGGCAAUUUGAAGCUCACUAAAGUCCCUCAUUGAAUAAAUAAUUGUGCAUAAUUUUUUAUCAAGUUAUAUGCAGGAGCUCUGCAGAACUGCAGAACUAGGAUCUCAGUAUUUCUGUUGCCAUAUUCUGAUAUUUCUGGAUACAAAAAAAAAUAUGAUAAACCUAUUUAUACUGUAUGAAUGAUAUUCAAUGGAAUGACACCAUUGAUAUGAAAUUUUACAUGUUGAGAUGUGACAUCCCUGGUCCCUUUGAUAAGAAAUAGAGAAUGAAAUAUGCAAUGCAAUCAUUAGAAAUUACUGUAUACACGUAUAGGGAAACUGAUAUCAUUCCAUUACUUUAUGUUCCAUGUUUAAAGUUACUAUAACUGAUUAUUUUAUUUAUUUUUCACUUCUGUGACAUGUACCUCAUACUAAACUGUACCUCGCUCUGUUAAAUUCAUUUUCUUAUUUUUUUAAGUUUGUUAAAUCUCCCUGAUUUUAUAAAACGUGAUUUUAUGCCAGGAUGUAAAAAAUUUCUUAGACCGACGUUACUUGCAUUGGUUAUUCUCAAUGUUAGCAGUGAAGUCUGGACUUUCCUAACUAUGGUGCCUCUUAAUAGUGCAAUAAGUUGUCUGUGU